AUGUUGAAAUUCAAAUAUAACAAUCUUGACAAGAAUGACCUGACAACAGUCUUGACUGUCAUUAUCACAUUAUAUUUAACAUGGCAUCACCAAAUGUACCACACCCCUGAUGAUCUAGCUAUACAGCCUGAGACCCCCAAGCCUGCUUUACUCAAUAAAGAAUUCUUGCAUACAAACUUUGAUUUUCAAGAGAUUGAUGAGCCACUAAAAGUCUAUAAAAAGGCACCCAUGUAUAGUAUGGAUAAUUUCCACAUUCUUCAUCUGUUACUGUACAACCAGCUAUUUCAAUGUGGCUCAAUAUUGUCUUAUUCUGCAAUGCUUGCCUUGUCUUGA